GAUAUGUUUGGACAUCGAUGCUUCGCCACCUCUGUCUGAACUUUUGGGCAGCUGACAAAAUUGUCGUAGUUGAGCGAAAUUAAACAAAUUAACAAGACUUCCGGCAUUACCUGAAACCCGCUGACACAGCAAAAACAAAGAAAGAACGACGGAAGCAACGCCAAGUCGCCAAAUCGCAGAGUACCUGGAAAAGUGCGUCCCCAAAAGAGGCUAAACUAAACUAAAAAGCAGUCAUGUCGGCACCGGUCAUUGUCGAGGCCACGGUCAAGCAGACCGCCACGCUGAUCUUCAUGCACGGCCUGGGAGACACGGGUCAUAGCUGGAGCUCCGCCUUGGCCGCCAUUCGGCCACCUUUCAUGAAGAUCAUCUGCCCCACGGCGCCCACACAGCCCGUUUCAUUGAACGCCGGCUUCCGGAUGCCCUCGUGGUUCGAUCUGAUGACCCUGGAUAUCGGUGGGCCCGAGGACGAGCCGGGCAUAAAGUCGGCCCGCGACAGUGUGCACGGUAUGAUAGAGAAGGAGAUUAGUGCCGGCAUCCCGGCGGAUCGGAUUGUCCUGGGCGGAUUCUCGCAGGGCGGAGCACUGGCGCUGUACUCGGCACUGACGUACAACCAGUCACUGGCCGGCGUGGUGGCCCUGUCCUGCUGGCUGCCGCUGCACAAGCAGUUCCCCGGCGCCAAGGUGACCGGUGAGGAUGUGCCGAUCUUCCAGGCACACGGCGACUACGAUCCCGUGGUGCCGUACAAAUUCGGGCAGCUGAGCGCCAGUUUGCUCAAGUCGUUCAUGAAGAAUGUGACGUUCAAGACGUACAAUGGACUGUCGCACUCGUCGUCAGAAGACGAAAUGGAUGACGUCAAGAACUUCAUUACGCUCAUUAUGCUCUUCUCGAUUACAGGACAUAAUCAGUAAAUGGGUAAACUAAUUUCCACUGAACCUUAGCACUCUUAGAACGUACGAAAGCCCCCGACCCAGCCCGUUGCAUUCCAGCGAUCACGAAAUACGGAGCAGCUGAACAUGAUUAAAGCGUAUUUUAUGAAAAUCAAAGCGCAGUAAGAGAGUCACACUGAGAGUUAUACGAGUAGGCUCUCUCGUAGCCCAAUUAUGGAAAUUAUCACUGAAAAUCAAUUCAAAAAAGCAAUCAAUUAUACACACGUAGCUACACCUAAUGAAAAAUGCCAAAACACAAGCAAUUUGUGAGGAAAAUUCGCCACCGCGAGACGAAUCACUUUGAUAUUUGUUCGCUGCUAAUUAUUUCGGUUUACUUAUUUGGGACUUGUUCGUAUUUAAAUUGAAAUUAAUAAAGUUAUAUAACCCCAGAAAAAAAAAAAGAAACUGGAAGCCGCAAUAUAAAUUGGAUCACUGACUGUUUCAACCAAAAACCCGAUUGCCAGGGAAUUAGUAUUGCCAUUUAACUGGCAAUCGGGUGCAAUUUCAGAUAUUUCGAGCGACCAAACUCUACUAAACAUUUGUUUUUAUUCAUUGUAGCUAACAUAAACUCUGAUAAUAUACCCAUUUUGAUUUGA